CAUCAAACGUCUCCAACCUCUCAUCAACGAUAAGGCGAAAUCCGCUGCCCCAUCUCCCAUUGAUCUUCCCACCACACACGCGCUCUCCUCUGCGCAGUAGAAGAAAAACAGAGGAAGGGCAGAGCAGAGCAGAGCCAGAGGACGAAGAAGAAGACCCAGCUCUGAACUUGAGAAGAGAGAGAAGCAAUGGCGUCAGCUGCAGCCCCCACCACCCUCUCUCUCCUCCCUUCCUCCUCCUCCACCUCCUCCUCCCGCUCCCGCUCCAACCUCCUCGUCCACCUCCCCUCCUCCGGCCUCCGCUCCUCCGGCCUCCGCCGCCUCGGGUUCGCCGCCGCCGACCCCGUCUUCGCCGCCCACGUCGCCUCCAAGCUCCACGCCUUCUCCCGCAAGGCCGUCAGGGGGGUCGUCUCCAUGGCCAAGAAGAGCGUCGGGGAUUUGACCGCCUCUGACCUCAAGGGGAAGAAGGUGUUCGUCCGUGCCGAUCUGAACGUGCCCCUGGACGACAACCAGAACAUCACCGACGACACCAGGGUCCGCGCCGCCAUCCCCACCAUCAAGCACUUGAUCCAGAAUGGCGCUAAAGUCAUCCUCUCCAGCCACUUGGGGCGUCCGAAAGGUGUCACCCCAAAGUACAGUUUGGCGCCUCUUGUUCCUCGGCUAUCUGAGCUCCUCGGUAUUCAGGUUGUGAAGGCAGAUGACUGCAUUGGACCCGAGGUAGAGAAGCUGUUGGCUUCAUUGCCCGAGGGUGGUGUACUCCUCCUCGAGAACGUCCGGUUCUACAAGGAGGAAGAGAAGAACGAACCUGAGUUCGCUAAGAAGCUCGCCUCAUUGGCUGAUCUCUAUGUAAAUGAUGCUUUCGGUACAGCACACAGAGCUCACGCCUCGACCGAGGGAGUUACCAAGUUCUUGAAGCCCUCUGUUGCUGGCUUCCUUUUGCAGAAGGAGCUGGACUAUCUUGUUGGUGCGGUGUCAAGCCCCAAGAGACCAUUUGCAGCUAUAGUUGGGGGUUCCAAGGUGUCCUCUAAGAUUGGAGUGAUCGAGUCUCUCUUGGAGAAGUGUGACAUCCUUCUUCUCGGUGGAGGAAUGAUCUUCACCUUCUACAAGGCACAAGGUCUUUCAGUGGGUUCAUCCCUGGUGGAAGAAGAUAAGUUGGGCCUUGCUACAUCUCUCCUCGAGAAGGCCAAGGCAAAGGGAGUUUCUCUGUUGCUACCCACCGACGUGGUAAUUGCUGACAAGUUUGCCCCUGACGCAAACAGCAAGAUUGUGCCAGCAUCUGGCAUUCCCGAUGGGUGGAUGGGAUUGGAUAUUGGACCAGAUUCCAUCAAGACCUUCAAUGAUGCCCUGGGAACCACCCAAACUAUUAUCUGGAACGGACCAAUGGGAGUGUUUGAGUUUGAAAAGUUCGCUGUUGGAACUGAGGCAAUUGCUAAGAAGCUUGCGGAACUCAGUGGUAAGGGAGUCACAACAAUCAUUGGUGGCGGAGACUCCGUUGCAGCCGUGGAGAAAGUGGGAGUCGCCGAUGUGAUGAGCCACAUAUCGACCGGUGGUGGUGCCAGUCUGGAGUUGCUGGAAGGCAAAGAGCUCCCGGGAGUCCUUGCUCUCGAUGAAGCCACUCCUGUUGCCGUGUAAGAUAUAUAUUGACUGCUACAAGUUCGAUUCUUCUCCUUUUUGCCCUUCACUGGGAUUUGUCAUGUAUUUAGUACGGGUUGUGUUUUUAUUAGAGAAAAGUGAACUGCCAUUACUCGUCGAGGUGUCCCAACAAAUUGUAGGGAUGAAUGAUGAGAGAGGGAGAGCCCAUUCAACAUCUUCAAUAAAAUUGUCCAGUUAAUGAACCGA